UGAAGUAGAAUAACUGUAUUUUUACUACAGAAAAUGGCGGAUAUUACUAAAGUUCAGUACUUUGUUGUUAUUUUUUCUUUGGUUGUGUUUGUCGCAGCUGUGCUUUUGGGCUACAUAGGGCAGAUGAAUACAGAGGUGUUUACUAACACAACUGGUGGCAUCACGGAAAAAUACUACCAGCUGUCGACCCCAGCAUCAGUUUCGUUUGGUGUAGCAUGGGCGACCAUUUAUGUUUGGAACUUAGUCGCAUCAGUGUAUUUAACCGUCACCUUAUUUCUGCCUUCCUACAAAAGCCCUUUAAAACAAGAACCACCACUCUUGUCAAAUUUAUACUUCAUAUUUCAUGGGGUUGCAUUUGCAAGCACGUUCGCUUGGAUUCUCGUUUUUGAUCGGGAGUUAUUAGAAUUAAGUUUGGCUGUGAUCAUACUGUGCAUGAUUUCCGUUUAUGCUAUCAUCGUAAUGGCAUGCAAACCAUUAGCAGACAGCAUUGAGAACGGUCGAAUCGAUGAAACAGCUGAAUGUAAAGUUAUGAUUUGGUGCGUGAGGAUUAUCGUGCAAAACGGACUCGGGGUCUUUGCGGCGUGGAUCACAAUUGCUACAUGCUUGAACCUAGGAAUUGUGAUUACGUACAAAAGCAGUGCUGGAAUGACGAAAGCAGUAAUGAGAGGUAUUUCUGUAGAAGACGGAUCGACCAUUCCAGUUGUAAUCGUCCUUGUUGCGAUAGUCGCCUGGAUGGUUAUUGACAACUUUGUGUGGAACAAGUACACAAACUAUCUAUUCUCUCCUUACCCGAUCUUAAUUCUUGCACUUGGAGGCCUUGUGGGUAAACGGCAAAGUCAGGGUGGCUCCACUCGUAUUUUAAUUAUAGCCUCAGUGGCCCUUGGCAUUGCAGUUUUAGCUACUCUAAUAAAAAUUGGCGUCUUCUUGUUUAGACACCUUAAAAACAACAAGGUGGGUAAAAAUAUUCUUGAAGAAGAUGAAAAUGGGACGAGCGGAAAGGUUACAAGUGACCUAUAGUGUUGGUAAAUUGAGACGAAGUAUUGUGUAUUUUGUAAAACAUGCGGCAAUUGUACAUUCAUUAAAAUCAUACCCCAGCUUUUCACAAAA